UAAGAGGCGUGAGGUUGGCUCCGAAAUAUCAGUUGGAUUCUGCUCCUCAUCCCUGAGAGGCUGUCCUACUCCCUCAACCUAAGUGCAUUAGUUGAUACCUAGUGUCAAAUUGUGGCUUAGCGUUUCGGCUAUCCACUACAUCAACCUAACUCCUUCAAGAUCAAAAUGGGUCUCACUUUAAAAUACAGUUUUGCUCUCCUCUCCUUAUGUUCCUGCGCCUUGGCCGCCGCCCCUCAAGUUAGCAACGGAUACUAUACUUGGUACAAGAAACCUUGCAAACAAAAUGAUGCAAAAUUCACCGACUGCCUACUCAAAACAGCGAGGGUGGGAGUUGUAGAAUUAAAAAAUGGUGACAGCAAACGGCAUUUGCCUUCCAUAAACCCAUUCUUUUUGCCAAAAAUGGAAAUCACUACCGGGUCUGACCAGGUCGGUCUCAAGUUCAAGAUGCAAGAUGUCAACAUCCAUGGACUCCCGGACAUCCAAUUCCUGAACAUCAAAGGGGACGAAAAAAUUCACAAAUAUGAAUGGGUGAUUCAGACAAAAACGAUCAACCUCGAUGGAAACUACAUUGCUGGUGGCAAAAUUCUGAUCCUUCCGGUUGUAGGAAACGGAAAAUUCCAGUUCUCCCUAAAGGACAUGAAAUGCCGGCUGAAGAUCAAGCAUGAAUUGGAGAAGAAGGCUGAUGGGAAAGAGUACAUCAAGUUCACCCAGGUUCAAUUCAUCAUUGAUGACGUCAAGCACGUCAGAUAUACCCUGCACAACCUCUUUAACGGUGACAAACUGCUAGGUGGACAAAUUCUGACAUUCAUCAACCAGGCCUGGCGCGAAGUGUUCGAGGAAGUCAAGCCCGGCAUUGAGCAGACCAUGUCAGAAGUUAUCAAGUACCUUAUCACACCCCUCACCCGUGUCCCAUAUGAUUACAUCUUCCCACCUUCAUAAACUUACUCCGCAUCUCUUCCUGAUUCAUCAUACCAAAGCCUUCUGCCAUCAUACUCAUGAUGGUCUCAAGGGGAACUAUAUUACGAAGAAUUUUGGUUAAAAUGAUUACAUGCUGGCAAAUUAAGCCCAAGGAAAAAUGGCUGCAAAGAAUUUCUUGAAAAAAGAAAAAAAAAGUAAAAUCGCUCUAUUUCUUCUUUCGAUUUUCAUCAGUUCCUCCGGACUUUGACUGUAAAAAUCUUUCGAUUGUUACUAGCCAAAGAGUACGAAACUUCAGCACUCAUAGGUAUUCAUGUUACUUUAAAAAACUUGUAAAAAUCAUAAUGUACUCUUUGUUACGCUGCUGAAUUAGAUUACUUUUCUUUCAUUAGAUAAAUAUUACAAAAUAUAUAAUGCAAUUUCGAAAAGAAGACGUAAAAGGACUUCGAAGUCACCAGAAAAUUAAGAAGAGAGAAAAGUAAAAUAAAAAUCUUGGAAUUAAGAUGGUCCAAAAAUAUUCCAAGAAUUUGCAAAUCCCAAUGAACAUUUGUAAUCAAGAUUGUUGUUUGUUUAAGAUGUAACCAUUGAUAUACGAAACAAACAUGUGACAGAAUAUCAAUCAACUAACCAUUUUUGCUCGCAAGAGAAGCAAAACUAUUAGAGUGCAUUACUCAGAAAUCCGGAACAAAAUAAAGAGAGGAAAUCAAAAUUGUUAUCUGGCUUAAAUGGACAGAAUUCGGACCAAAAAAAGAGAGUAAAGAAAUAUAUAGGUACACGAAUAUCCGUUUGCGCAAAAACUUUAUGCCGGUAAAGAGAGACUUACUCCGUGAGUGCCUAUCAACUUCAGAUUUAUCUUACAAGUUUAUGCAAUGGUAAACUUGAUUAUGAUUUUGCUUGAUUAAAUUCAAGUCACAACUCGAUACUCUGUGAUAGUUGUUUCCUAAACGUUAUGAAAAAUUUUCGAUUUUUUUUCCAUGUGAAAAUUUUUUCAAAUAUCCUUAAUUAUUGAUCAAAUGGAGGAUAAAUGAUUUGCACAAAUAAGAGCAUGCAUAUAAAAAUAAGAAAACAUUCGGUGAAGUUAGAAUAAAGAACUUAAGUUAAUGAAGUACAUGUACUAAGAACUUCAAUUAGAGAAAUUAAGGCUCUUUAAAUGAUGUCAAAAAGUGAGACUUCCUAUUCGCAUGAAGAUUGUCUGAUUUAUCUGAGACCAGGUCUUAUCACUUUAAUACUAAGGCAGACCUUUUAAUGAGAGAAAAAUGAUUUUAUAAAUAAGUAUGUUCAGAAAGUGAGCCUUAAACACCUGAGUUCGUGUUUUCAUAAGAACUGUGCGAGUGAUUGAUUCUUAUUCUGAGUAAAAAUACAUGGAAAAAGUAUGAGAAACCAAUUCAACGAUACAAAUUCCUACACAGGAAUAAUACUCAUGUUGAUGACUAGCGACUAGAUAUUAUAUGAAAUUGCAUUUUUGUGUUACUUUAAGUGUAAAUAGUUGGGCUGUGCAAUAAAAACUUUUAUUUUUUAA